CAGCUACAUUGAAGUACUAAAUUGUUAAAAAUAUAAAUUCAAGUAAAACUACAAUAUUGCAGCCAUUUAACAAAUCCGUUCUUUAGCACUAAUAUUCGUAUUAUUGUAUUGUAUAUGUAGUAGACAUUAACAUUAAACAAGUGUGUAUAAUUGUGAAGGAAUUAUAAAAUAAUUUUGCGAUAAUAUAAUUUGUUAUAUUCACAAAUUAGGAGAAUAUCAUAAUGUAAUUUGUUAUAUUCACAAAUUGGAUAAAUAUAAUAAUAUAAUUUAUUAUACUUACUUUUAUUCUAACCUUAUUGUAUAAAAUCAUCUCGGAACAUUAUGUCAUCUAAAAUUUGGAUUUGGAAAAAUGUUCCCGGAAUUACCGGUCGAUUUGAUGAUAUAAUUUAUUCAAGUCCAAUAUUAUCAUCAAGUCAGGAUGUUCUUUUAUAUUUUGGAGGUGAUAUUCAGGACACUCAAGAAAACAUGAAACAUGCAGGUAGCAAAACAUAUAUAGAAUGGAGUUUAGAAAAUACAGCCAAGAUACUUACUAUUAGCUUUCCUAAAAAACAUGUAUUUUUAAUUCGACCAUCUAGGGUAUUAGAAACGUUAAGUUAUUUUGAUAACUUUGUACCAUCAAAAGAAUAUGGUAUACCAUUAUUUUGUCCAACACAUAAUGCUUUAAAACAUUUACAAGAAUUACUUAAAUUUUCUGUAAAUAGAAUUAAUACAUAUAAUACAGACAAGGAAUUUACUCACUUGAAUAUUGAGAAAGCAAAACUAACAUUAGUUGGCUUUAGCAAAGGUUGUAUUGUUUUAAAUCAAUUACUCCAUGAGUUUCAUUAUUACCAAAAUAAAUUAGAUCCUGAUAUUGAAAUUAAUAACUUUAUACGUCUUAUUGAAAGCAUGUGGUGGUUGGAUGGUGGACAUGCAGGUUCUAAGGAUACAUGGAUUGUGGAGAAAUCCAUAUUAGAAUCUUUUGCAAAAUUAAGGAUAGAUGUUAAUGUUCAUGUUACACCAUAUCAAGUUCAAGAUUCUCAUCGUCCAUGGAUUGGUGAAGAAGAAAGCCAUUUUUGUAAUAUUUUACGAAAUUUAGGAAUUCCUAUAAAACGGACUUUACAUUUCACAGAUAAAACAAGAAGUUUACAAAAUCAUUUUAAUGUUCUUAAAGUUAUUCGGAAUUAUACACAGUAAUAUUAUAUACACAGUAACGUCAUUUUUAGUGAUAACAUUAAAUGGAAAAUGUCUAUAAUGA